AUGAAAUAUUUUAAGGAAAAUCCUUCGUCCCAUCAUCUCCCAUCUAGGAUUGUAAAUUUCAUAGUAAUAUCUUGUUCGAUUUUCGGUAUUUAUCUCCUCCUGUCAUUAGUCCUUGUUCCAGAUGCAAAUCAGUUGCAUCUUUCAGCCACUGCACUACAAAAUUUAUCGUCCACAACCUCACUUGAACACAUUGUUUUUGGGAUUGCCUCCACUAGAACAUCGUGGUUGAGAAGGAAAGAAUAUGUUAGGCUCUGGUGGAAGCCAGGAGUGAUGAAGGGAUGCGUUUUCCUUGAACAGAUGCCACCAAAUACAUCGUUAUCGUUAGAAAAAGAUCGUGUUUCUCUAACUCCUUUAUGCGUUUCUGAGGACACCUCCCGAUUUCCAUACACGUUUAAGGGCGGUCUAAGGUCAGCGAUUCGUGUAGCCAGAGUUGUAUCGGAAACUGUGGCCUUGAACUACAGCAAUGUGAGAUGGUUUGUGUUUGGAGAUGAUGAUACGGUUUUCUUUCCCGAGAAUCUGGUGAAGACCCUCAGAAAGUAUGAUCAUGGCCUGUGGUAUUACAUAGGGACUAAUUCUGAAAAUUUCGAAGCGAAUAAGGCUUUUUCUUUUGAAAUGGCGUUUGGCGGAGCUGGUUUUGCUAUAAGCUAUCCCCUGGCUAAAGUCUUGGCGAAAGUGCUCGACUCUUGUUUGGAAAGAUACCAUCAUCUCUAUGGCAGCGAUUCAAGGAUUUAUUCCUGUUUGACAGAACUCGGAGUUUCUUUGACACAUGAACCUGGAUUUCAUCAGGCAAGUAUAAUGGAUGUCAGGGGAAGCAUUUUCGGGCUGUUAACUGUGCAUCCCGUGAAGCCAUUGGCUACUCUUCAUCAUUUGGACGCAAUAGAUCCGAUUUUUCCAAACAAGACGACUUUAGGUGCUCUGCGACACUUGUUCGAUGCAGCAAAAGUUGAUUCUGAGAGGAUUUUGCAACAAACUGUCUGCUAUGAUCGGUUGUUGUCGCGGACGAUUUCAGUGUCUUGGGGAUAUGCAAUCCAACUGAUGGAAAGUAAUAUCCUUCUCCCUGAUGUUGUGCGUGCCCAGGAAACUUUCAGGGCCUGGAAGAAGGGACAAAAUAAUCACAUCAUUAAUGCACAGAGAUCUCACCCUGAUUCAUGUUCCAGGCCGGCUGUUUUCUUUUUCGACAGUGCCUUCGCCGGUAGAGAUGGAAUCACGAGCAUCUACAAGAUCAUGGACAGUAACAGUAGUAAUUGUACCAACAACAAGAAGAAAGAUGAAAUCAGAGUCUUCUCAAAGAAGUUAGACCUUGACAUUAGACAGUUGCAGGCUUCAAGAAGACAAUGUUGUGAUGUGUUGAACUCUUCAGCUCAGAAUCUCGUUGAGAUUGGGAUUAGAGAAUGUGGAGCUGAGGAACUAAUUGCUCAAAUGGUUCCUUAG